CAAGAAACUCUCUGAAAAAAUAGUCCAAGGUGUGUGUUACUAUUUUUUCAUUUUCCUUGCAUGCCAUGUUUGUUUGUUACAUUCUAUGUUCUUAAGUAAACAAAUGGGUCACUAGUAAUUUGGUUUUUGGAAGCUACUAGAAUCAGAAGAAGGAAAAGUUACAAUCUUUACAUACUACUCCUUUUAAGUUGUUUGAAUUGGGCCUCUAUCUCAAAUGCCUUCCAAUUAUGAUGAGGUUUUCAUGCAUCAAAGCUUGCUCUUUGAUGAUAGUCUACAGGAUUUGAAAAAUCUUAGAACACAAUUAUACUCAGCAGCUGAAUAUUUUGAACUCUCAUAUACAAAUGAUGACCAAAAACAAAUAUUGGUUGAAACAUUGAAGGAUUAUGCCAUCAAAGCUCUUAUAAAUACUGUGGAUCAUUUAGGUUCUGUGGCCUAUAAGGUGAGUGACCUAUUAGAUGAGAAGGUCGGUGAAGUUUGUGGCGAAGAGCUGCGUUUAUCGUGUAUGGAACAGAGAAUAAGGACAUGCCAUGCUUUUAUGGAUCAUGAGGGGCAUACACAACAGUCUCUAGUGAUCAGUACUCCAAAACAUCACAAACGUUACAUUUUGCCAGUUGGAGAAACUUUGCAUGGUACCAACAUAACAAAAUCAAAAUAUAUAGGAUGUCACCUAGAUGAUGAAGAUGAUUGGCAUCACUUCAGAAAUGCUGUUCGCGCUACAAUAAGAGAAACGCCAACGUCUACUUCAAGUAAAGGAAAUUCUCCAUCACCUUCUUUGCAACCUCAGAAAUCUGGAGAUUUUUCAUUCACUUCAACCAACAUGACCAAAAAAGAUUUAGAGAAAAGGACGGUUUCGCCACAUAGAUUUCCGCUUUCGCGUACCGGAUCAAUGUCAAGUAGAGAUAGAACACCAAAGACUAAUAGAUCAACUACUCCAAAUUCAAGCAACAGAACCACAAGUCCUUCCAAUGCAAGAAUAAGGUAUCCUUCGGAGCCGCGCAAAUCAGCUUCAAUGAGAUUAUCUUCUGAUAUAAACAACAUCAAAGAUAUAGAUCAACACCCUAGUAAAAGUAAACGUCUCCUUAAGGCCUUACUUAGCAGACACAAGUCUAAGAAGGAUGACACGUUAUACACUUACUUGGAUGAAUAUUGAUGAUAGUUUAAUACAAUUUCCUAUUGAAUGCAACAGAGUGGUUAUAUUCUAUCACUUCUGUUUUCUUCGAUUAUUACCGAUAUCUAUAUGUCAAUGUUGUUGUGUCUGAUGUCCGUGUUUGUGUUGAUGUUUUAUAGGUUUUGCUUUCCUGUUUUACCCAUUUGAUUGAAUAGUUUGCACCUCUUUGUUUCUUCCUUCUUAUUCUCUUCUUUUAAUGUUCAUUUCUUUAUGAUUUGAAAUGAACAUUUAUGUGGUAAUUUUGUUUUUGUUCUGGUUUUGCUUUUAUACGAUUUUAUUUUGAGCUUACAAUAUUUAUUGUGUGAUGUCUUAAUAAAGUUGUUCAUCAACUUCAUUUUAUUUAUUUU